UAAUCAUUGACAACGUAGCCGACAUAUUUGUAAUCAAUUUACUACGGUCAGCUUCUAGUAAAACUUAAUAAAUAGAGCGCUUACACACACACACGUGAUAGAAAGGAAAGUGGCAGGAAUUUGCAGGGGAGCAAAAUAAUCCGGCUACACCGCAAGCUCUCCAGCAGGUGAGUCACGAUUUCCGUUGUUGUUGCGACCUCGUCGGACUUCUGCUUGCCUCUGCGAUGAUUAUGUUUACAAGAGAGAAGACGGCACGUAUCUAAGAAUUGUGCAAAGAAACUAAAGAUGACCAAAACACUGGUGGACAUUACAGUUGUGGACGCAGAGAAAAGGAGAGUUCCUAGUAAACAUUAUGUUUAUGUGAUCCAUGUUCAGUGGUCAGAUGGCAGCAGCAUGGUGAUUUAUCGUCGCUAUAGCCGCUUUUUUGAUCUGCAGACACAGCUUUUGGACAAGUUUCCAAUUCAAGCAGGUGCUGCAGAUCCAUCUUUGAGAAUUAUUCCCUUUUUGCCAGGCAAAAUAUUUUUUGGUCGGAGCCAAAUUCGGGAUGUUGCAAUGAAAAGACUAGGAGAGAUUGAUACAUAUUGCAAGGCUUUGUUGAAACUUCCAGCGGAAAUUUCUCAGUGUGAUGAGGUUCUUGAGUUUUUUGAAGUUGAACCAGAUGAUCUGGAACCCCCCAAGAGUGAGGAAAAAGAGAGCCGCUUUAUACACAUUUCUCUGGGCAAGAAACAGAGUGGUGACAAGAAGCCGAGCAAGAUCUCUGGUCCAAAGCAGCUAGAACAGUACACAGCAGUGGCAGAUUAUGAGGCACAGGAGAAAGGGGAAGCAAGUCUUCAGGCAGGAAUGACAGUGGAGGUUGUGGAAAAGAGUGAGAGUGGCUGGUGGUUUGUGAGUGCAGAUGACCACCAGGGCUGGGUGCCAAGCACGUACCUCAAGACAUUAGAUAAUUCAGGGGCAAAUACACAUGCCAAUGUUCGAGUCGAAGAUGGGGAAGAAGAGCGUUACAUUUGCAUUGAAACUUACUCAGCACAAAAUGAGGAUGAACUGUCUCUUUCCAAGGGUGUAUUGGUCGAGGUGGUUCAGAAAAACAUGGAUGGAUGGUGGGAAGUCAGGUACCAAGGUCAGGUUGGAAUAGCACCAGCAACAUAUUUAAAGAAAUGUAGUGAUCCUUAUGCAAGAAGUCUGGUAGAAAAAAGUCGUCACAGUGGUGUUCAGAUUAUCGGCACCCUUGCCGAUGUCUCCAACCUUAUGACCUCCAGUUCUACUACUCCUCACAAUGCUGGCAUCUUCUCCACACCAGCAAGUGGGGCAAAAAACACUGCAGCUAAGCCAUUGGAGGAUCAGGCUAAAGUGAGCAAGAACCCAGAGACACAGGAGGAGAUGGACGUGGUUGGAAAGAUGCAAUUGCAAAAAGAUUCCCAUGCUCAGAGACAGUCACAGAUUGUAAUCAAGCAGCGCAGCUUAGAACGUGGGGGUAAUCUCAAGCCACCGCCCAGACAAAGUUCUGUCCAGUCAGUGCAUCUUUGUGUACCUUCAUCACCUGGUUCAAAGUCUGCCACUUAUGUGACUGCUGCUGACUUUGAAGAUACAGUAGGCGAUGGAAUCAGUUUUAGUGCUGGGGAGUUUGUGACGGUGUUGGAGAAGUCAUCUAGUGGUUGGUGGUUUGUACGUCGGGGUCAAGACGAGGGUUGGGUACCAGAAGCAUACUUGAUGCAGGAGAAUGCUGCUGAUUCUCAGAGGGAGAGCAUGUCAUUGCAUUCCACUUAUGACAGCUUUGAUGAAAGCAGUGAGGAUGAAGAGCCAUGUUCAACUACCCCUGCUGAUGGGUUAGCUGGAGUUCUCAAAGAUAAAUUGAGCAACAAGCCAGCCACAGCACCUCCAAAGCCUCCAAGCAAAGAGAUCAAACCUCCACCACCAGCUCCACCUGUCAAAUCUGCAGACCAGACAGCACCUAAAUCCACCGCUGAUAGUGGACAACAUGCUGGUAUCCCCAGCUCUUUAAAGUCCAAAUUUGAAAAGACUGUAGAUUCCCAGAGUAAAGUUACACAAAAGCCUAGCCUCCCACUGCAAGCCCCUAAAAAGGUGCAGUACAUGGCACAGGAGGAUUCUACAUUAGGUACAGGAUCUAGAACUGAUUUCCCAUCGACACGUGCUGAUGGUUCACUGAAGUCCAGGCUGGAAGCAAUCCAGAAACAUAUGGACAAGCCAGAUAAACCUGCAGGAAAACCCACUUUACCUGCAACAAAGCCUGCUACACCCUUUAAAGGCAACAUUGGGACUGAUCAGACAUCGGGAAAACCAAAUCUGUUGCAGAAGCCACCUGAUGUAACCCUUAAAGCUUCAGAGUUUUCAAGACCUCUUCCACCAUUUAAAGUGAAAGAAAACCAAGGUUCAUCAUCCAACACUGGUUCCACUGUUUCAUUCAGCAAGCCUCAGAUGGGCCCAAAACUGCCUGCAGGACCUCCUAAACUACCAAGCAAACCUCAAGCAUCUAAAACCAGCUCACAAAGUAGCACUUCUACGAGUGUCCUUCCCCCACCCAGCCAUAAAAAAGUCCACGACAUGGCUGCUACAUUCACCAAACUCAAUACCACAUCAGCUACUGCAGAUUCCGCAGGGAGCAAACCCAGUUUACCUGCCAAGAAACCUGCACUACAAGCCCCUAGAGAUAAACCUGGAGCAAAGAACCUUGAUCUUGGUGCAGGUACUCCCCGUGUGGGUAACCUAGUCAGUGAACUUAGUGGCAAGCUCAAUUUUGGCAGUGCUGGGUCAGGUCCUAAAUUGACCAGUUCAGAAACUUCUCAUAGAAGUCCAGAAUCCACUCCUGUUACAAAGGUCACUCCAUGGUCAGUAACUCCAAAUGGUAACAACAAUCCUUCAGCAGCUCUAACCAGCUCAGGUGCAAAGCCAGGUGUUAGCAGCAGUCAAACCACCACCUUACAGUACAAAGCUGUUGCUGACUAUGUGGCCUCAAGCGUAGGAGAGAUCAGUCUCAUUUGUGGAGAAGCAGUGGAGGUAACUGACAAGCAAGAAGAUUGGUGUUUGGUGCGUGCACAGGCAGGCGAAGGAUGGGCACCCAGCAGUUAUCUUGAGAAGGCCAGUACCCUAGGAACAGGAAAGGUACCAAAGCCCAAGGCUGGCAGCAAGGUGAUAUUCCGGACUUUGUGUGCCUUUCAAGCAGAAUCCAGCAGUGAAGUCAGCUUUGAAGAAGGUGAAGAAGUGCAAGUUUUGGAGGAGUCGGACUCAGGCUGGUGGAAGAUCGAAGUUGCAGGCCGUGAGGGUUGGGCACCUUCUGAUUACAUUGCCCACAAUUAAGCACAUUUUAUGUUUGCAACCUGUAAAUCUGUUUUAAUGUGUGUUUACGUGUAAGUAUUAAGAAGGCAAUCAGCAUAACCAGCACAUUUGUACUUCCAUAAUUUGGUUGUGCAGUAUACAGAGUUUUUAAUUUUUAUUGUUUUAAAUGGUUGCUUUGUCUGGAUUUGUGCUGCUUCGCUCCAGCUCUGUGUGAUAAUAAGGCAUUACAAUCAGCAGGACUAGAAUUGAGAGAUUACAAGACAUUAAAGAUGAUGGUGGCAAGUAGCCUUAUCUGCUUAUAGUGGUUCAUGAUAACUGCAAGACUUGUAUUCCUAUGAGGCUAAGAGUGUAUAAAAGUGUGAGAAAGUGUGCAUACUGUAGUCCACUCAGACACGAGGAGUGCUGAAGACCACUCAGGUGUAAAUGCACUAAGUAUAAACUUCCAUUUCUAUCACAUUCAUCUGCUGAGCUUGCAUUACUUGAAUCUAACUGAAACAGUGAGGUUGAGGACCAAUAUCACAUCCGACAAUUUGUAGCAGUAUUUCACUUCCAAAACAAAAUAUACCACCCCUACCAAAAACAAAAUGAAACAAGGUGGAUCUUCUGAAUACAGUAUCUUUUCAUCAUCCACAACUGAAAUAUGAUAGCUUGGCCACUUUAGUUCCAUUCCUGGGUGUACAUGGUAGCUUGCAAACAUAUGAUUGCUAAUACUCUGACAUGUUGCAUUUCAUUGCAGUUACUAUCCACUAUCAAAAUCAAAAAUCAAAAUCAAAACAGACUUUAUUGUCUGCCCAGGAGACCCAGGGCAGAAAUUUGUCUUCGCUCACAUACCCAUACAGACAUUUAACACACAGUUAGAAGUAAAAGUGAGGA